AUGGAUAGCUCCGGGAAAGGCACCUCGCCCUGUGCGGACGACUCAGCUACUGGAUCUCCUCGCGACUCUCCUUCUCGUCUUUCUACAGUCUCGGAGGAUCAAACUGAACAGGCUGAGAGAGAUCUGGGCGUCGGUAGGAGCCAACCAGGCCAGGGUACCCUGAAACGACACUCGACAAAGGUCAGUCUAUACGGCGAAUACAGCAGGAUCUUCGCUGUGGACGAGCUACCUAAUAUAUCUCGUGAGCAGGUCAACAAGGCGUCUGUUGUUAUUAUUGGGAUCAAGACAAGCAAAAAGGUCGAAGAGGCCCCCCGGAUCAUAGCCAGAUUAGUAGCGGAGUUGGAGUGUGUAUUUGACCACUCAAUCAUGAUGUACAUCGACGAUAAGGCCGAUAUAAGAUUUGGCAGCACUGACAACUCCAAUCAACACGCAUACCUUGUCACAGUCACCGCCCUGAAAUCUGUGCUGACCCCAUUGUGCAAUAACCGUUAUACAGGCAAUAUCCAACGGGAGAUUCAUGCCCAGCUCAGAAUUCCCCCAGACCGUGGCAUGGUCAAGUUUGAGCCCAUGCCUGAAGCAAACUUGGGCACUAAAAAAAAGACUUAUUUGGAGGAAAUCAGUAUUUUGGAGCGAGAGACGGAUGAAGAGAGAAAGGCCAGAAAUGUGUCCCGCACCACGAGCGUUUCAAGACGGGCUUCUCUUAUUGGUUCCAAUAGCAUAUUCAGACGCGACACCUUCAAAUCGAAGUCUCGUGCACGAAACCAAGGUAGUCUGGAAAAGGGAGACCCAAGCCAGGCGGUAGAUGGAAUGGAACUCGAUAUAGAACCCAAGUCAAAGCUGAGCUCGGAUGAUAGUGGGACUGGGGGUAACAUGAUUAAGAGGGGCUUCAAGAAGCUCUUAAUUAAGUGA